UGGUGCGCGCGCUGCGAGCGCCGGCCGCGCGCGCCGCGCUCACCCGCGACCUCGCGCGCCGCCUGCCCGCGCCCAAGCACCUGCUGCACCACCACCAGUUCGAGCUGCUCGUCAGGUUGAUGAACUGCGCAUUGCAAUCGACGACCGCGAUCGACGAGCACUCGAUAGCGGCGGCGAUGUUGCCGCUCGCCACAGCCUACUGCAGGAAACUGUGUACGGGCGUCAUACAGUACGCUUACAUGUGCAUACAGGAACAUCAAGUAUGGACGAGCCAACAGUUCUGGGAGGCGGCCUUCUAUCAGGACGUACAGAAAGACAUCAAGGCCCUGUACCUGCCCAGCCCCACGCACCAUCAGCGUGUGCCCAGUCCGAGAGACGACGAGGAAUACAUAUCGUUACUUAAAGCUCAAGAGCCGAGUGCGUUGGAGAUAGCAGCGGAACAGAUGAGGCUGUGGCCUAGUUUACCACCCGAAAAACAAAGAGAGUUAAUCGCGAGCGAGGAGUCGACGCUGUACAGUCAGGCGAUACACUACGCGAACAGAAUGGUGUAUUUGCUGUUGCCGCUAGAGGGCGCUGGCAGGAGGGCCGAGGCGAAGGGCGACGACACGGAUAGAGCUAGCAAUAGUAUCACUAACAGUGUCGCCGAGUCUGACAGUGUGGACGCUGAGUCUGGGUUUGAAGAGGCGGAUCCUGGCGAAGCAGGCAACAAUGUCAUAAAAAUGGUUUCCAGAUUUGUCGACAAGGUGUGCACGGAAGGCGGUGUAACUGCGGAACAUGUCCGCUGCUUACACCAGAUGAUCCCGGGCGUGGUGCACAUGCACCUGGAGACGCUGGACGCGGUCGCGCGGGAGAGCAGAAGACUGCCACCCGUGCAGAAGGCGCGGAUCGUGGCGCCGGCGCUGUGCCACGGCGAGACGGGCGCGGCGGCGGCGCUGCGCGCGUUCCUGGUGGCGGACGGGCGCGCGCCCGCCGCCGCGCUGCUGCCCGCCGAGGGCGCGCUCUUCCUCACCAACUACCGCCUCGUGUUCAAGGGCACGCCCACCGACCCCUACGCGUGCGAACAGACGGUGAUACGAUCGUUUCCAAUAUGUUCCCUGACGAGGGAGAAAGUGGUGCGCACCCACUACCUGCCGCACCUGGAACAGUCGCUGCAGGAGGGGCUGCAGCUCAGAUCUGCUACAUUCCAACUUAUUAAGGUGGCGCUGGACGAGGAGGUGACGAGCGAGCAGGCGGAGAGCUUCCGCAAGCAGCUGGCGCGGCUGCGGCACCCCGAGCACCCGCUGCUGCACUUCGCGCUGGCGCCGCGCCCCGUGCCGCCGCCCGCGCACCACCACGCCAAGCACCACACGCUCAAAGGGUUCGCGAAGAAAACUCUAUUGAAGACUGCGCGUAAAGCAGGGUUGAAACCAAAACCGUCAAAACGACAGAAGUACGUCCUGCCAUCGGCUGAUGCGAGGUCGUUGACGUCACCACCUUUGAUGUCUUCGUUGUCCGCUGACACCUUGUCCUUGGAAGACCUGGAUCUGGGCGGCAGCGAGACCACAGAAGCGCCGGCGGCGCGUACGCUGGAGCGCGUGCGCGAGCGCAUCUAUGCGCGGGAUUGGGCUCGACUCGGCCUCGCUUCUUCUCCGUUCCGCCUCACGCACGCAAACGCCGUUUAUACGCUCUGUAGAAGCUACCCGGCGGUGGUGUGCGUGCCGGAGGGCGCGGGCGAGGAGUGCGUGGUGCGCGUGGCGCGCGCGUACCGCCACCACCGCCUGCCCGUGCUCACCUGGAGGCAUCCGCGCACCAGGGCGCUACUCGCCAGAUCGGCAGCAUCGAAUCACAAAGGCGUCAUCGGUAUGUUAAAGGCGACGCAUCAGACACAAGGUGCGGCGCAAAGUGGCACCGAAACCACAUCCACUUUAGAACAGGAGCGCUACUUGUCGAUGAUAGUUGCGUGUACCCCGGCGUCUCGUGGCGACCUCGAGGACUCCAGUCUCAGUCUGGACUCGUUACUACUGUGCUGUGAAGACCAGCAGCCGACGCACACCCCGCUGUUGACCAAAGCGGCUGGAACCCUUGGCGUACUGGGUCGCGGUAGCGGUGGCAAGGGGUCAACAGGUGCGCGACAUUUCGGCCGCUGGGGCUCGCUCAAGGACCGGCGCCAGCCCUCGCACCUGGAGCUGGCGCCGCGACACCGCCUCUCUACUGCUGAUGUUGACUCCGUGGGUGCGCACGGCAGCCAGCCAGAGUGGUGGUCGGCGGGCGGCGAGGCGGGGCGGCGCGCGGCGCUGUACGUGCUGACGGACAAGGGCGGCGGCGCGGCCUGCGCGGGCGCCGAGCUCGUGCCCGUCGAGUACCCCGAGGCGCGCGCCACCCGACACGCCUUCAAGAAGCUCAUGCGCGCCGCCGUGCCCUCCGCGCCGCCGCAGCCAGACGACCCCGGCUUCCUAAGGUUAAUAGAAGAAUCAGGCUGGCUAUGGCAGCUCCGGCAGUUAUUCCAGCUUUCCGGAGCUGUGGUUGAUCUUCUGGACCUACAGGGAUCAUCAGUUCUGUUAUCCUUAGAGGAUGGGUGGGAUGCCACCGCGCAAAUAUCAUCACUAGCACAAAUUUGUUUGGAACCAUAUUACAGAACAUUAGAAGGGUUUAGAAUAAUAGUGGAGAAGGAAUGGCUCGCGUUGGGGCACAAAUUUCAGCAGCGAUCGAACAUAGCGGCGACACCACAGCAGGGCUUCACACCGACAUUCCUCAUGUUCUUGGAUGCUGUGCAUCAACUGCAGAAGCAGUUCCCGCUGGCGUUCGAGUUCAACGAGUACUACCUGCGGUUCGUGGCGUACCACAGCGUGUCGUGUCGCUUCCGCACGUUCCUGCUCGACAGCGAGGCGCAGCGGGCCGAGCUCGGCAUCACCGCCGCCGACGACCGCCGCGCUGACGCCAGCCGGAUGGGCGUGGAGACGGGCGCGGGGUCGGAGGAGGAGUGCGGGGGGUGCGGCUCGUUCGGGGGCUCGUCGCCGCGCGCGCCGCACAUGGGCCACUCGCUGUUCGACUACAUCGACAAGCACCACCAGAAGUCGCCCAUCUUCUACAACUUCUUGUACACGCCGGACCUCGACAACCCUGUGUUGCGGCCGGUGUCGUCGGUGUGCGCGCUGGAGGUGUGGCAGUACUACACGGGCGAGGAGCUGUCGCACGGCGCGCCCUACGACCUGGAGCUGCUGGCGCCGCCCGACCACGACCGGCAGCCGCCGCGCAGGGUCGUCACCGCGGGAUACGACAGCAUAUCGCGAAGCAUGCCGGACGCGUUCACGGGUUUGUUGGAGCGCAUCCGACAGCUCGAAUUAGAGCUGGGCCAUCUGCCGCAGAAGUGGCGUGUCCGGUGGGACCAACUAGAGCUGCCCAACACUGUUGAGCUCCAGCGCAACUCGUCAAUGUGUAGCGGCGUGGUGCGGCGCGCGACGCUGGGCUGGCACAAGCGCAGCACGCUGGAGGUGCUGGUGCGCGGGCGUCUCGCCGCAGGCGCGGGCGGCGGGGGCGGGGGCGCCGCCGGACAGGGGGGCGGGGGCGCUGCGCAUCGCUGGGCUGCUGCUGCGCCCGCCGCACACACCGCCGCGACUGCCAGGUCAGGAUUUGAUAGAUAUUUAGCGGCGUAAAGGUAGACGCCACUGUAGAGGAACAGAUGGUUAUGUUCC